ACUUGGUUAAACCAACUCAACAACUGUGUGGGAAUGCAGGAAACAUUUGGGAUGCCCUACAAAGACCCUGUGAGCUCUCCAAGUUCAGGAUUGUUCCCUGCAGAUGUGGAAUCAUAAUGGCAGAUGUCACUCAUGGCUUCCCUCCUAUUCUGACUGACAACUGGCAGCAGGUCGCUCCGCGAUCUCACUUUCCUCUGAGUGUUCUCGUGAGAUGCAGACCAAAACUGAUCCCUUCCUCUCUCCUCUGGGGAAGGUUUUGGGGAAAAUCAGCUCCUGAUAGGUUUGAUCUCUCCCACACAUAUUUUGGAUUGUUCAUCCCUUUUUCCAUUCCUCUCUCUGAGAAUUUCUUUCUUUCCGGUGCAGGUAGUGACCUGUGUCUGGAUUCUCUCUGUCUCCCGUCAGGUGAUGGGAUGAUGAGUGAGAAUGAGGAGGAGAAAUCCCAUCAGGAAGAUGAUGAGCGAAGAGAAGCACAUGGAAUGUUAUCAGGAAGAUCCAAAGAGAAUGUUUCCAGGAGUUGUGCACUCCCAGAAAAACCAAAAGCCUGUGAGACUCUGCACAGGCCAGAGGGAAACGUUAGUAGCCUCUCAGACCUUAUAACAAGCGGCAGAAUCAACUUGGAAGAGACACGCUACAGGUGCCAUGAGUGUGGGAAAAGCUUCAGUUGGAGCUCUACCCUUGUCAGACAUCGUAGAAUCCACACAGGAGAGACGCCUUACACGUGCACUGAAUGUGGGAAAAGCUUCAGUCAGAGCUCAAACCUUAUCACACAUCAGAGAAUCCACACAGGAGAGAAGCCUUACACGUGCACUGAGUGUGGGAAAAGCUUCAAUUGGAGCUCUACCCUGAACACACAUCGUAGAAUCCACACAGGAGAGACGCCCUACACAUGCACUGAGUGUGGAAAAAGCUUUAGUUGGCGCUCAGACCUUGUCAGACAUCUGAGAAUCCACACAGGAGAGACGCCUUACACGUGCACUGAGUGUGGGAGACGCUUUAGUUGGCGCUCACACCUUAUCGGACAUCAGAGAAUCCACACAGGAGAGACGCCGUACACGUGCACCGAGUGCGGGAAAAGCUUUAGUCAGUGCUCAAACCUUAUCACACAUCAGAGAAUCCACACAGGAGAGAAGCCCUACUCAUGCUCAGAGUGCGGGAAAAGCUUUAGUCGGAGCUCAGACCUUAUCGGACAUCAGAGAAUCCACACAAGAGAGAAGCCCUACACGUGUUCUGAGUGCGGGAAAAGCUUUAGUUGUAGCUCAGACCUUAUCAGACAUCAGAGAAUCCACACAGGAGAGACACCUUAUACAUGCACUGAGUGUGGGAGAAGCUUUAAUCGGAGCUCACACCUUAUCGGACAUCAGAGAAUCCACACAGGAGAGAAGCCCUACACAUGCUGUGAGUGUGAAAAAAGCUUUAGUCAGAGCUCACACCUUAUCGGACAUCAGAGAAUCCACACAGGAGAGACGCCUUACACGUGCACUGAGUGUGGGAAAAGCUUCAAUCGGAGCUCUACCCUGAACACACAUCGUAGAAUCCACACAGGAGAGACACCUUACACAUGCACUGAGUGUAGGAAAAGCUUCAGUCGGCGCUCAAACCUUAUCACACAUCAGAGAAUCCACACUGGAGAGACACCUUACACGUGCACUGAGUGUGGGAAAAGCUUCAAUCGGAGCUCUACCCUGAACACACAUCGUAGAAUCCACACAAGGGAGAUGCCCUACACAUGCUCUGAAUGCGGGCAAAGCUUCAGUCAGCGCUCAAGGCUCAUUAGACAUCAGAAAAUGCACAGGAGAGAGAAUUGUAAUAAAUCCCUUGACUAGGGUUGGCAAAAACGAAUUUUUUUUUAAAAAAUCACAUUAGCUAAUUCC